CUAUGCUGGGGUUUCUGUAAAUCCACCUGAUGCCUCCGCCUCCUCUGCGCGCAUCAUCUCAUCCUGAAGCUGCAGCGUCCGCAGCUUGUGUGGAGACACUUCACCGUUUUAACCUGCUACCAUUUUUACCAUGAAAGCUUCUCCAGACGGUCAUUUUAUAGAGCACAUGUAGCGCAAAACCUCUCCCGCAGCUUCGAUGCAAGUUUUCCUUGGAUCGUGUGUCCCAUUCAUGAUUUCCGGAUCGCUCGGAUUCAAGCUGCAGAAGAAGUCACAUGCCACCAGCCAGAUGUGACCCAUCGCUACCAUCUCUGGAAAAACUGACUGAUGUGACCCCUGGACCUCCUCGUUGGUCAUCAUGGGAUGCGGCACCUCAGUUGCCACGGAGACACAAGGGAAAAGAGUGGAGACAGAUUCCCAUUAGCAGUUCCCAGCACAACAGCUUCUCCUCCUCGCGUCCCUAGACACGGCAGUAGCAUCAUGUUUUCUUCACACAGAUGAAGCAGCUAAGACUCCCACCCCGGCUCUGACUAUGAAGGCAGCUAUUCUGAUCCAGGGAUGGUACCGGCGCUACAUGGCCCGUCUUGAGAUGAGGCGCAGGUACACCUGGAACAUCUUCCAGUCCAUUGAAUAUGCGGGCGAGCAAGACCAGCUACAGCUCUCUAGUUUCUUCAGUUUCAUGCUCGACAACUUCACUCAGCUGAAUGGAAAUGGGCCAGACUUGAUCUCCCAGCUGCUGGACCCUGUUGUCGACCCCUGGUUAGACAGAGAGACCUGCUACGACAUGAUCCCCGUUCCAGAGUCGUACACUGGGCCCCGGCUGUCGUUCCCUCUCUCCGUCUCUGACACGAAUGCCCUCCUCAAUGCAUUUAAAGAGCAGCAAUCUCUACAUGCCAGAUAUGUGCUGCAGCUGCUGUAUGAGACCAAGAAGCUCCUCAAACAGAUGCCCAACAUCAUCCACUUGUCUACAUCCUACACAGAGAUCACUAUAUGCGGUGAUCUGCAUGGGAGGCUUGAUGACUUACUUCUCAUAUUUUAUAAGAAUGGUCUUCCUUCUGCCGAGACGCCGUAUGUGUUUAACGGAGACUUUGUGGACCGGGGGAAAAAAUCGAUUGAAGUGGUCAUCCUCCUGUUCGCCUACCUUCUGCUUUACCCCGACUACAUGCACCUGAAUCGAGGAAACCAUGAAGACCACAUAAUGAACCUCAGAUAUGGGUUCACAAAAGAAGUCAUGCAGAAGUACAAGACUCAUGGCCGUGAGAUCCUCCAGCUGUUUCAGGACGUCUUCAGCCUCCUGCCUGUCGCCACGGUGAUAGACGGAAAGAUCCUGAUCGUUCACGGAGGGAUAUCGGACCAGACUGAUCUGGACUUCCUCAGUUCCAUAGAGAGGCAGAAGGUUAAAUCUGCUCUGAGGUUUCCGAGACGUAGUCUGGAGCAGCUGGACAUCGGUCAGUCUUGCAGACAGGCAAAGAGAAUGAGAUCAACAGACAGCUCUCGUCCCAGCAGCAGUCACAGCCGCAACAAGAACCAAAGAUCACACAACCAAAGAAAGAGGCACUGUGGGCUGAGCCGACAAGACAGCGCCGCCUCCUCUUCUUCCACCUCAUCCUCCUCGUCCUCGUCUUCCUCUUCUCUCUGCUCUCCUCGAACUCCUUCCUGCCUCUCUCCUCGGCCAUGCCCGUCUUCUCCCAGAAUGCCUUACGCUAUUAAUGUCCUCCAAGUGCCUUUUCUGGACUCUCUAUCCUCUGUGCCCCCUCCUUCACCUCCACAACAUGAACGGGAAUGGAAACAGAUUGUGGAUAUAUUGUGGAGUGACCCUAAAACCCAAGAAGGCUGCAGUCCCAACACAUUCAGAGGAGGAGGCUGCUACUUCGGCCCUGAUGUCACCCAGAGACUGCUGCACCAGCACGGACUACAGCUGCUCAUCAGAUCCCAUGAGUGCAAACAGGAGGGCUACGAGCUUUGUCAUGGUGGACAGGUGAUCACUAUCUUCUCUGCAUCAAACUAUUAUGAGGAGGGAAGCAACCGUGGUGCCUACAUCAAAGUGGGCAGAGAACUGGUUCCCCGCUUCUACCAGUACCAAGUCAGCCGCACAACACGCAAACUUACCCUGACACAGAGAGUGCGAGCUGCUGAAGGCUCUGCUCUCAGGGCCCUGAAAGAGAAACUGUUCGCCCAUCGUUCUGAGCUGAUGGCAGGCUUCCAGCAGUACGACCAGAAUAACACCGGUAGUGUGUCAGUCAGUGAAUGGGCUCUGGUGUUAGAGUCUGUGCUUAGGUUGGACCUGCCCUGGAGGACACUUCGCCCACACUUAGCCCACCUGGCAGCAGAUGGCAGUGUGGAGUAUCAGACCUGCUUUGAGGACAUGGGACCAGGGACACAGAUGCCUCAGGUCACUCCAAACUUGGCUGAAACUCUGUUCAGAUACAGGACAGACAUUGAGAUCAUAUUCAACAUUAUAGACAAAGACCACUCAGGUCUCAUCUCCAUCGAGGAGUUCCGUCAUACCUGGCGUCUUUUCAGCGCCCACCUGGGGGUCGACAUCAACGACAGAGCCAUCGAUGACCUGGCCCGCAGCAUCGACUUCAACAAGGACGGCAGUAUAGACUUCACUGAGUUCCUGGAGGCCUUUAGAGUGGUACACAAACUAGACAACAAGGAUCAGCAACUCAAUGGGAAGAUUGAUGGAGAGAAGUAUUCGUAAAGGGGAGAAUCUGAGAAUGAAAGUCUGGAAGUGUUGCAGAUGAUGAGUAGAGAAGCUAAUUAGGAAGGAAAGUAUUAAAGCAAGGCUAAGAUUAGAUGCUUUCUUAAUGUUUUAAAGGAAACAUCCACCCUCAGACACUAUUAUAAAAGCAGUGAUUUGUUGGAUUCGCAUUGAAUUACUGGUGCAUUUUGUUGUUUAUUGGUGUAUGUUUUUAGCUGCCAGUCCAAAGUAAAAUAUCUCAACUACUGAAUCAAAAUUUUGUGCAGACAUUUAUGGUCCACACAGGAGGAAUCCUACUGACUUUGGUGAUCACCUGACUUUUCAUCUCACACCAUCAGCAGGUUGACAUGCUGAUGUACACAGUGUGAAACAUCUAUUGAAAUAUCAAAUAUUGGAUGGAUUUCUGAGCAUAAAGAUGCACCAAACUUUGACCAAAAACCCACAUAAACCUUUACCAAGUAAAAAUAAAAUGCUAGAAAAGGUAAAAUACAGAAGUCUGAAGCAGGUUCUGGGGUUAUUAUAUUUUAGAUAGUUUGAUUUAGUGCAGAUGUGCCUUUGUGCCUCUCACAGCAGUGGAAGAACUGUUACCUGUAAGUCAGUAAGUUACAAGUAUUGAAGGCUUCAGCAUUAGAGAAAAUAGAAACACACUCCUGCUAAUAUUAGUGCAGCAGCCGAUGUGUGUUCAACUGUUUACUAAAAAAAGGAAUAAAACAGCUUUUUAAAAAAUGA